AUGGCACCGCUCCUGUGCCAGAGGUUGGCGUUAGUGUUCCUGGGUGUGGCCCUGCUGGCCGCUUCCACCUGCGCCCUGCCAGGUGGCAGUGGAGCCUUUGGUGGCGGUGGUGGAGGAGGAUCCGGAGGCGGAGGGUAUGGAGGAGGUGGCAGCAGUAGCGGUGGUGGAGGAGGAUCCGGAGGCGGAGGGUAUGGAGGAGGUGGCAGCAGUGGAGGUGGUGGUGGCAGUGGAGGAGGAUCGGGAGGCUUCGUCGGUGGGUUUGGUGGAGGUGGAGGCUACAGUGGCGGCACGUCAUUUGCUGUUUUUAACCUUGGAAGUCAUGGAAGUGGGUCCAGUGGUGGUGGCAGCUUCGGUGGUGGCGGCUCUGGAGGUGGCGGCUUCGGUGGUGGCGGCUACAGUGGUGGCAGCUCUGGAGGUGGCGGCUUCGGUGGUGGCGGCUACAGUGGUGGCAGCUCUGGAGGUGGCGGCUUCGGUGGAGGCAGUUCUGGAGGUGGCGGCUUCGGCGGUGGCGGCUUCGGCGGUGGCGGCUACAGUGGUGGCAGCUCUGGAGGUGGCGGCUACAGUAGUGGCAGCUCUGGAGGUGGCGGCUUCGGUGGUGGCAGCUACAGUGGUGGCAGCUCUGGAGGUGGCGGCUUCGGUGGAGGCAGUUCUGGAGGUGGCGGCUUCGGCGGUGGCGGCUUCGGCGGUGGCGGCUACAGUGGUGGCAGCUCUAGUGGUGGCAGCUAUGGAAAAUAA